AUGGACGCUAGCGAUAUGUCUCAAAUGAGUAGCGCCACGCCGUUCCUUGACGGCGUGAGUGUUGUUGAAUCUGGAGGCCUUGAAAACCUCGGGCUGGCAGAGCUUCUCGACAUUAGCAGAGACCCAUGCAUUGAUCUAUAUUACAAGCACUUUCAUCGAUUUCACCCAUGCGUGCUGCCAAGACGUUGUCUAGAGAAGAAGCUUCAGGAUACGACCAACCAAGCGAGUUUACGGCCCCUGAUUGCGGUCAUGCGAUAUGUCGGGUCGCUAUAUUGUCAGUCAGACCAGGCUGAUCGACUGAGGGGGAACGCAAAUAGUAUUGGCGUGAAGACAGGGCGGGACCUGCAGGAUCCUUUCAUGGUGCAAUAUCACCUUAUCAACUCUGUGGCCCAGUACUGGUGCGGCGAAGCUGCUCAGUCUCGGGAGGAGAUGGAUCGUGCGAUAUCCCUAGCUAUGGACCUUAAGAUGCAUCGUCAGGAGUUCGCAGUCACAUAUGGACAGGGAGACUCAGUAUUACAGGAAAGCUGGAGAAGAACGUGGUGGCAGAUAUACGUCGUGGAUGCCUAUUAUGCGGCGAUGAAGAAUGCCACGACCUUUCCAACUUAUGAUGUUGAUGUUACCACCGAGCUCCCUUGCGAGGAAUAUGAAUAUGAGUCUGGAGUACCUCACAACGACAAUUUGAACUCCCAGGCAAUACCUGAACCAAAGACGCUUGAUGACUUCGACUCUCGCGAGUUUUCAGCAGAAAGUCAUGUCUACUCGUCAUUCUCCUACCUCAUUGGAGCCGUCCGUGGCGUAUCUUCAGCCAUAUCUACCUGCCACUUAGACAUGCUGAACGGUUUUUCGCCACCGGUCCUUGAAACGGUCGACGCCGUCAUCGAUGGCUGGAUGCUCCUUCUACCGAAGUCGAAACGCCAAAUCCUCUCCAAAAAUGGCGAGUUCGAUGAAAUUAUGUUUCAAGCAAAUAUGGCAAUUCAUGCGUAA